CAUCUCAUUCACUACUCCUCUUCCUACUCCGUCUUUCGCUUGUACAAACCUAAUCAGAAAUGGCAACGGCGUCUUUUAGCAUGCUGUCAGUGUUCGCCGCUCCUUCCGCUGGAUUGGGCUCUCGCAACAUCAGAAACACAAGCCAAGUCUUCUCCAAUAGGAAUCCUUUGGUUGGAGUCAGGUGCAUGGCUCAGGACGAUCCUAUCAAGGAAGAAUCUCCUCUGCCUUCGACCUCGGCCACUCAACCGCAGACGCCGUUGUAUUCUCCUCCACCAAUUAGCAAGCCUAAGGUGAGUACGAAGUUCGGAGAUCUAUUAGCGUUUAGCGGUCCAGCGCCCGAAAGAAUAAACGGGAGACUAGCUAUGGUAGGCUUCGUAGCGGCCAUUGCGGUGGAGCUUUCGAAGGGAGAGAACGUGUUUGCUCAAAUCUCCGACGGUGGAGUCGGAUGGUUUCUAGGAACGACGGCGUUACUAACGUUGGCAUCGAUGGUUCCAUUGUUCAAGGGAAUAAGGGCAGAGUCAAAGUCCAAAGGGUUUAUGACGUCAGAUGCCGAGCUAUGGAAUGGUCGAUUCGCCAUGCUCGGCCUCGUGGCCUUGGCUUUCACUGAGUACGUCAAGGGCGGGACUCUUAUCUAAGUCUUUUCUCCUUUUGCAUUUUUUGUGUUGCCCUUUGGCUAUGUUUCAUGGGAGAAUUUUGAGGAUAAUAAGUAAAUCAUAUAUAGUUUCGUUUUUAA